CAUAGGGACAGCUAAGUGCCUCACAGAGGAGUCAAGGUGUCUCAUUUCUGAAGUGAGACUAGGAGGAGAAAAUGAACAAUUCCCUGGAUUACCUGGCCUACCCUGUUAUCGUCUCUAAUCACAGGCAAAGCACAACCUUCAGGAAGAAACUGGACUUUGGCCAUUACAUAUUACACAAGAAUAGAGUACAAAUUGUGAAGCCUGCUGUGGAUACCAAACCUCCAGUGGCGCACACACAUCACAUUUUAAAAUUGAGCAAACUCCAGGGUGAACAAAAGAGAAUUGACAAAAUCGAGUAUGAAAAUAAACAACUAUGCCAGAAGAUCGCCAACGCCCAUCGUGGCCCCGCCAAGGUGGACUGCUGGAAUGAAUAUCUUUCGAAAAGCUUAAACAGAGAAGCAAGGAACCGAGAGCUAGUGAGAAUCACCAUGGAAAACCAGGGCAUUCUAAAGAGGCUGGGUGACCGCAAACCCCACUAUGACCGCAGGACAUCGGAGGUGGACUGGCAGAAUUCAAGGCGCUAUAUCAGAAACACAACAAGAUACCUUAUCUCCCAGCAAGAAUAGGUUACUCACCAUGGAAAAGACACAGAGAAGACCCAGGAUUUCUUGACUGCUUAGAAUCUCAAGGCACUCCAGAGCGACUGCAUGCCCCAUCUUAGGAUGUUACAAUAAAGCUUGGCAUGUAAAACGGGGCAAGCCAACAGAA